GGCCCCGGCGCCCAUAGUCCCCGCUGUGCGGGUGAAGCGGGAGCGCGAGCCUGACGAGGACUCUGAGCCUGAGCGGGAGGUGCGAGCCAAGAAUGGCCGUGUGGAUUCCGAGGACCGGAGGAGUCGCCAUUGCCCCUACCUGGAUACCAUUAACAGGAGUGAGCUGGACUUUGACUUUGAGAAACUGUGUUCCAUCUCCCUCUCACAUAUCAAUGCAUAUUGCCUGUCUUGUGUGUGGCAAAUACUUUCAGGGCCGGGGUUUGAAGUCUCAUGCCUGCAUUCAUAGCGUCCAGUUUAGCCACCAUGUCUUCCUCAACCUCCACACCCUCAAGUUCUACUGCCUUCCAGACAACUACGAGAUCAUCGAUUCCUCACUGGAGGAUAUCACAUAUGUGUUGAAACCCACUUUCACAAAGCAGCAGAUUGCAAACUUGGACAAGCAAGCCAAGUUGUCCCGGGCGUAUGAUGGUACCACUUACUUGCCAGGCAUCGUGGGCCUGAAUAACAUGAAGGCCAACGACUAUGCCAACGCUGUCCUUCAGGCUUUGUCUAAUGUUCCUCCUCUCCGGAACUACUUCCUAGAAGAAGACAAUUAUAAGAACAUAAAACGUACUCCAGGGGAUAUCAUGUUCCUGUUGGUCCAGCGUUUUGGAGAACUGAUGAGAAAGCUCUGGAACCCUCAAAAUUUCAAGGCACAGGUCUCUCCCCAUGAGAUGCUGCAGGCUGUUGUCCUUUGCAGCAAGAAGACCUUCCAGAUCACCAAGCAGGGGGAUGGAGUUGACUUUCUGUCCUGGUUUCUGAAUGCUCUACACUCAGCGCUGGGGGGCACAAAGAAGAAAAAGAAAACUAUUGUGACUGUUGUUUUCCAGGGGUCUAUGAGGAUCUUCACUAAAAAGCUUCCUCAUCCUGAUCUGCCAGCAGAAGAAAAAGAGCAGCUGCUGCAUAAUGACGAGUACCAGGAGACAAUGGUGGAGUCCACCUUCAUGUACCUGACGCUGGAUCUCCCUACUGCUCCCCUCUGUAAGGACGAGAAGGAGCAGCUCAUCAUCCCUCAGGUGCCGCUCUUCAAUAUCCUGGCCAAGUUCAACGGCAUCACGGAGAAGGAAUAUAAGACCUACAAGGAGAACUUUCUAAAACGCUUCCAGCUUACCAAGCUGCCUCCAUAUCUCAUCUUUUGUAUUAAGAGAUUCACUAAAAACAAUUUCUUUGUGGAGAAGAAUCCAACUAUUGUCGAUUUCCCCAUUACAAAUGUGGAUCUGAGAGAGUACCUGUCUGAGGAAGUACAAGCAGUGCACAAGAAUACCACGUACGACCUCAUUGCCAACAUUGUCCAUGAAGGCAAGCCCUCGGAGGGCUCCUACCGGAUCCAUGUGCUUCAUCAUGGGAUGGGCAAAUGGUAUGAAUUACAAGACCUGCAGGUGACUGACAUCCUUCCCCAGAUGAUCACGCUUUCAGAGGCUUACAUUCAGAUUUGGAAGAGCCGAGAUAAUGAUGAAACCAACCAGCAGGGGGCUUGAAGGAGGAGUUUUGGGUUUUGCUCCCCAGGGCUUUGGCUGAAGGUGUAAUAAUACCAAAACUGUAGCUGACCAUGGGCCGACUGGCACAUUCCCUGAGC